UAACCAGAAAAUGCAAAAAUAAAUUACUAAGCUUUCUGAGCCAAAAGUGGGAGUCAAAAAGUCAAACUCCUUUGGAUAGGACGGAAACAAGUCUCACGCCCGGAGCAUAUGUUUGCUCCGCCGCUACCAGCAACGACAGAAUCGUGGAAUCUCUUGUCGGGAUUCGGGUUUUAGGGUUUUCUUGAUCGGAAUCGAGAUGGGUACUCGCUCGAUUGCUCCAUAUGUACCUCUCUCACUUCUGCUCUUCUGCUUUGUCCUAGCUACUGCUUCCGUCCAUGGCGAUCAAGGUUAUGCCCGUGAGUUGUUAAGCGAAGCUUGGUCCGACAAAGACUGGUUGGUAUCCGUGAGAAGACGAAUCCAUGAGAAUCCCGAGCUGCUCUUCGAGUUACACGAGACAAGCGCGCUGAUUCGCCGACAACUUGACGAACUGGGAGUUCCGUACACUUACCCGGUUGCCAAAACGGGUAUUGUGGCUGAAAUCGGGUCGGGUUCUCGGCCGGUUGUGGCUCUUCGGGCCGACAUGGACGCGCUUCCCUUGGAAGAACUGGUUGAAUGGGAUCAUAAGAGCAAAAUCGCCGGAAAAAUGCAUGCUUGUGGGCAUGAUUCGCACACUACCAUGCUCCUCGGAGCUGCUAAAUUGCUCAAUAAACGCAAGCAUUUACUCAAUGGGACGGUGAGACUUCUUUUCCAACCAGCCGAAGAGGGUGGAGCGGGGGCUCUUGACAUGGUGAAAGAGGGUGCCCUCGGUGAAGCUGAAGCAAUAUUUGGUAUGCACAUCAACCCCGAGGAACCUACGGGAGAAAUAAGUACAAUCUCGGGCCCUGCCUUAGCAGCUACUACCGCUUUCAGAAUCACAAUCCAUGGAAAAUCUUCGCCUUCUUCUGAUUCCUAUUCUCAUGUCGAUCCGGUCUUGGCCGCAUCAUCUACCAUCUUAGCUUUGCAGAAUCUCAUCUCCAGAGAAGCCGAUCCCCUCCUUAGCCACGUGCUGUCUGUUACUUUUGUAAAAGGGGCUACCAAGCUCGAUACAGACCCGGCAUAUGUCGAAUUUGGAGGAACUUUGAGGAGUCUUACGACCGAUGGCUUGAACUGGUUGAAGCUCAGGUUGAAAGAGGUUGUUGAAGGGCAAGCUGCCGUGCAUAGAUGUAACACACAUGUAGAUCUGCUCGAGAAAGAGCGUACACCAUAUCCUGCGGUAGUUAACGACAAAAGGCUACACGAGCACGCGAACAAGGUCUCGAAACUUCUGGUUGGACCCGAGAAGGUGAAACCGGGGAAGAAGGUAAUGGCAGGAGAAGAUUUCGCCUUCUACCAAGCACGGAUACCGGGUUACUUUAUCAGUAUCGGCAUCAAGAACGAAGAAAUCGGGGCGAUACAUUCCCUUCACUCGCCUCACUUCUUCCUGGACGAGGAUGUUCUUCCCACGGGAUCGGCAUUGUACGCUGCUCUCGCAGAUAUUUAUCUGCAAGAUCAUCAGAAUCGAACUGAGGUUUUACGCUGAAGAACUGUGGAGAAGUCUUAGCUUGUUAUGUUAACUCUCGGCGUUCAUUUCUCUCCUGUUCUUGUAACUUUUCACUCUGGGGUGAAAAAUCAAAUGAUGAGAAAGGGUUUGGCUUUGGAACUGGUCCA